AUGGCAGCCCUUGCACCUAUCGUCAGCAGCUUCUCGCUCAUUUUUGGAGGCUGUUGCGCCAAUGUGUAUUGCCUCGAAGCUAUUGUUAAACAAGAGCCUGACAGCGGCCUUCUGAUAACAUUCUUUCAAUUCGUCUUCACGUGUCUCUCGACACUGCACUAUCAAUUCGACCCCAAUGGCCGCUACUUCAUGCGUUCUUCGCCGGUGCCGUUCCGCAAGUGGGUCACAAGCGCAGUUUUGUUCUUCACAGUCAACAUGUUGAAUAACUGGGCAUUUGCAUUCAACAUCUCCGUCCCUGUCCACAUCAUUCUCAGGAGUUUUGGUAGUGUGACUACGAUGGCAGCAGGGUACCUUCGCGGGAAGAAGUACUCUCCUCUACAAAUCUUCUCAGUUGCCAUCCUGACCUUCGGGGUCAUGGUGUCUGCUUGGGCUGAUGCAUCAUCGAAAGGCAAGACAAGGGCCGCCAACGCCGAUCCAAACAAGGCAUCAUUCGAGGCUGGACUACUUGUCCUCCUGGUUGCACAGCUACUGUCCGCCUACAUGGGCGCCUAUGUCGAAGACGUCUACCGCGACCAUGGCAAAGACUGGAAGGCGAAUCUGUUCUACUCCCAUCUUCUGUCCAUCCCGAUGUUUGCCGCCUUCGCGCCCAUCCUCAACGCGCAAUUUGAACGCCUGCAAUCCUCGCAUUCGUUCCAGGUCCCGUCCAAUGUUGCACUUAUCCUGCCACCAGCUCUGAACAAGCUGCUCGCAUCGACCUCGCAACACGUUAUUUAUCUCCUGGCCAAUGCAGUCACGCAGUUGCUUUGCAUCACUGGUGUCAAUAUUCUGAGCGCCAAUACUUCUGCUGUCACUGUUACGAUAGUGUUGAACAUCAGGAAGCUGGUUAGCUUUAUGCUGAGUAUUUGGCUCUUCGGCAACCCCAUGGGUGGUCUUAUGAAAGUCGGCGCGGUGCUGGUGUUUGGUGCUGGUGCAUUGUAUGGCUAUGAGACGACCUACAGGAUUCCACAGCAGAAGAAACUGGACGCAAAACAAGAAAAGAAAGGUCAGCAGCGCGCUGCGAAAGACGGCAAGAAGCCCCCUUCAACACCAACCUCACCUUCAGCAGAGGUCAUCUCUGAGAAGGCCGCCAACUUUAUCGAAAAGGCCAAGCCCUACAAACCGCGCCAGAAGCAGGCAGAAUGGGACUACAAGCUUGCGAUCACGAUCAUGACGGCGCUUGCGUUCAUCACAAGGUUCUGGGGUAUCUCCCACCCUGAUCAGGUUGUCUUCGACGAAGUGCACUUUGGAAAGUUCGCUUCUUACUACCUGCAACGCACCUACUUCUUCGACGUCCACCCUCCUCUCGGAAAGCUCCUGUUCGCCCUCGCGGGCUGGCUUGUUGGCUACAAGGGCGAGUUCCUCUUCGAAAAUAUCGGCGAUUCUUAUGUUACCAACCACGUUCCCUAUGUCGCAUACCGAGCUAUGCCUGCUUCGCUCGGUGCGCUCACCGUUCCUAUCGUCUUCCUGAUCAUGUGGGAGUCCGGAUACUCCUUACCUGCCUGCGUUACAGCAGCUGGUCUCAUGCUUCUCGACAACGCGCAUAUUGGCCAGACACGCCUGAUCCUGCUUGAUGCUUCGCUCAUCUUCUUCAUGGCUCUCUCCGUUCUCGCAUACAUUCGUUUCUACAAGCUGCGACAUGCCCCGUUCAGCCGCAAGUGGUGGAAGUGGCUUCUUCUGACGGGUAUCAGCCUGAGCUGUGUCAUCUCCAUCAAGUAUGUCGGUGUCUUCACCUUCUUCUCGAUCGGUGUGCCCGUCCUGUUCGAUUUGUGGGAUCUGAUGGAUGUCAACCGUCGUCAAGGCGCAUUAUCUCUCCCAGAAUUUGGCAAGCACUUCGCUGCGCGCGUUGUGGGUCUCGUCAUCGUUCCCUUCUUCCUCUACCUUUUCUGGUUCCAGGUCCACUUCACCAUUCUCAACAGGUCCGGCCCUGGUGACGACUUCAUGACUCCCGCGUUCCAAGAGACCCUCAGUGACAACGUCAUGUCUCUUCAGUCUGUCGGUAUCAACUACUACGAUACCAUCUCCAUGCGCCACAAGGAGACCAAAGUCUACCUUCACAGCCACACUGAUCGCUACCCGCUCCGCUACGACGACGGCCGUGUCUCUUCUCAGGGACAACAGGUUACCGGUUACCCUCACAACGACACCAACAACCACUGGCAGGUUCUUCCCGCGAAAGAGCUUCCAAGUGAGCUCGACCAGCGCAUCAAGAUCGGCGACGUCGUUCGUCUGCGUCACAUUAUCACAGACACCGUCCUUCUGACACACGAUGUCGCAUCUCCGUACUACCCUACUAACCAAGAGUUCACCACCGCCCCCAUGGAUGAGGCGGACGCCGCACGUUACAAUGACACUCUGUUUGAGAUCAGGGUUGAGAAGGGCAAGGGCGAUUUCAAGACCAUGUCGACCCACUUCAAGCUUGUUCACGUCCCGACCAAGGUCGCUAUGUGGACUCAUACUAAGCCUCUGCCUGAGUGGGCAUACAAGCAGGCGGAGAUCAACGGUAACAAAAAUGUGCAGCAGUCCAGCAAUGUCUGGUAUGUCGAUGACAUUCCUUCUUUGCCUGCGGAGGACGAGCGCAACCAGAAGGAGGUCAAGCAAGUGAAGCAUCUGAGUUUCCUUCGCAAGUGGGUCGAGCUCCAGCGCGCUAUGUUCUAUCACAACAACGCUCUGACCAGCUCUCACCCUUACGCUUCCCAGCCAAUCUCCUGGCCCUUCCUUCUCCGCGGUGUCUCCUUCUGGACGCACAACGACACCCGCGAGCAGAUCUAUUUCCUCGGAAACCCAGUCGGAUGGUGGCUUGCCUCCUCCCUUCUCGCCGUCUUCGCCGGCAUCAUUGGCGCUGAUCAGCUGGCUCUGCGCCGCGGCAUGGACGCUCUUGACGACCGCACCCGCUCUCGUCUGUACAACUCUACUGGUUUCUUCUUCCUUACAUGGGCCGCUCAUUACAUCCCAUUCUACAUCAUGGGUCGUCAGCUGUUUCUGCACCACUACCUGCCGGCCCAUCUCGCGUCUUGCCUGGUCACUGGUGCCCUCGUUGAGUUCAUCUUCUGCAUCGAGCCUCAGGAUCCUCAGACCCCCGGCACCCCUGCCGAAAAGGGUCACCGUAGGACUCGCUCCCGCCCUGUUCGUGAGCGUGUUGCCACUGCCAGCCAGCUCGGAAGCUGGAUUGCUGCCGGUGUCAUCCUUGCUGCGACCCUCUGGUGCUUCCUCUUCUUUGCGCCGCUCACGUACGGAAAGCCAGGUCUCACAGUCGAGCAGGUCCAGUCCAGGAAGUGGCUCGGCUAUGACUUGCACUUCGCCAAAUAG